UGAAGGCGGUCGCUGCCUUGUCGGGUUCUCCCCUCGCUAACGUCACCCUAAACCACUUUGGUGGGAAAUCCCGCCCCAAGCUUCCAGAGAUCCAGACUUCUAUGCAUUCUGGUUCUUCCUACUAUCAUCGUUCUUUUUUUCCUCACGCAUUUUUCCGUAUGGGCUGGCUUGGCUCUAUGCAAAUUUUGCCUUGCUACUCCGACCCCGCUCAGCGAAGGACUACCCCCUACAGACAGAGCAAUAUUGCUGUUGCUGGCGACAGACCCAGGGUAACCCGCCCUGCGCUUAUACUCACUUCUGCUGCAGGUCCUCAAAACGCAUUAAUCAGGAGGGUUAGUACAGACUCGGCAGAGAGUAAUGAGAUCAUCGCUAGCCAGCAUCUUCCACUGUUUCCCAACCCUAUGCAGGUGCCCCUAGUGGCAGGCUCAAUAAUUACAAAGACUGUAUUGAGUGAAAUACUUGAGAAAUUGCAACGACUAUUUAUUCGAUGUUUAGAUCUCAUAAUAAUAAUUAUGAUGUAUCAAUGGAUUUUAUUGCUGGAUGUAAUAAUCAUAUACUAUGCAGUCCAUGUGGUUCAAUGGCCCACUUGGGACGUGCUAGCAACUCGAUAGAGUGUAUCGCGGCGGUUUUAUUACUUUCGAUGGUUUCAAUAGAUCGAUCCAGUGC